GUGACCGAGUCGGUAGGUGCAGGUAAGUAAAACCAACGGACAGAGAACAUGGGCAAUCGACAGUGUGUUUGUUGUUGCGGAGUUCGUGGUAUAUAAACAAUAGUGCUCCACACAAAUGAGUGACCAAACAGGGUGAAAAUGCCGCGAAAAUUACUGAAAUUCCUCAUCUUGUUCGAUAACACGUCUUUGCUGUAUUUUCCCGGCCAGUUUUUAUCCGGCAGAGUCCUCAUUGAACUUCAGGAUGAUACACCAGCGCUAGGCCUCCACUUUCAUGUCGUCGGAGAAGGAGUAGUGAGGGUUCGCACCCCCAGGCAAGAGAGGGUUCACGAUCGAGAAAAUUAUAUCGAUUUCAGGAUGAGAUUACUGGGUGAACCAGGACAAGGACCCUCGGUCCUCUCGCCAGGAAUCCACAGCUUUCCCUUCAAACUUGGCUUACCUUUAGGCCUGCCAUCAACGUUUCUUGGAAAACAUGGAUGGGUGCAGUAUUACUGUAAAACCGCUUUAAGAGAACCCAAUGGACUGACUCAUAAAAACCAACAGGUUUUUAUUGUAAUGAAUCCUAUAGAUUUAAAUUUAGAGCCGUCAAUUUUAGGGAACAUUUCGGGUCAGGAAACCUUCAGAUGUGAGGUUGAGCACAGAUUUGGAGUAAGCUGUGUAGGAUCGGGAGCAGUAGUCUGUAAAGUUACCUUAGAUAGAGGUGGAUAUGUACCAGGGGAGAGUAUAGGAAUAUCCGCCAACGUUUACAAUAGAAGUAGGGUAACAAUUAAAAGUACAAAAGCUUGCUUAAUAGAAACCAUCACGUAUUUGGCGAAAGGGAAAAUUGUCCAAUCGGAAAAACGCGAAUUAGCAUCGCUAUCCAGGGGGAAAAUUCGGCCAGGGGCUAAAGAUGAAUGGAUUAAUGAGCAUUUGUACAUUCCACCUUUACCACCGACAAAUCUCAGAGGUUGCCAUUUAAUUAAAAUUAAUUACGACGUCUAUUUCAUUGUAGAACCGAAGAGUCUACAAAAGGAAGUGAAAAUUCAGUUACCAAUUAUGAUGGCUACCUAUCCGCUUCGAUCUGAUGACGAAGAAGUUGGAUACAAAUCUGGAACGCAUUAUCCUUCUACACUUCCCAUUUUCAGACCAUGGCUUGAAGAUAAACCAGCUCAAAUUUGAGCUCAACACACGAAUGUGUCCAGUUACUUAUUAAACACCCUGUAUAUAGUGCUUACAGCAAAAUUGUUGGUCUGCAAAAAACUUGUAUGUAGAAAUUUAAUUAAUUUCUUAGAAUUGUUAAAAAAUAUAAAGUUUAUCCGAAAAAAAUAUCAAUAAUGUUUUUAAAUUUUAAGAAAUUUUUAUUAGAAUUUCAAUAUGAACAAAACUGCAAUAUAUUAGAGUGAUAUUGUUUCAAAAUAACUACCCCCUUAGUUGAUCUAACAAAAAUGCCAUAUGUAUAAAUUUAUGAAUGAACAUGUAAAUAGUUUUAAUAAAU